AUGUCGUCUUUAGAUGGAAUAGUAGGAAGUUUUGUUGUUAAACUCGUCUCAUUUGUAUUUGGUCCUCAGGAAAAUGAUACAGUCCACUUGACAGGAGAAAUAUCUGGAUUGGCCCCAGGGAACCAUGGCUUCCAUGUGCAUGAGUUUGGCGACAAUACCAAUGGUUGUACAAGUGCUGGGUCACAUUUCAACCCUGAGGGUAAAGUUCAUGGGGCUCCAGGAGAUGAAGAAAGACAUUAUGGUGAUCUCGGAAAUGUAAUGGCUGGAAACGAUGGAGUAGCUAAAUUUGACUUAACAGAUAAGUUGGUCACAUUGAAGGGGCAACAUUCUGUCAUCGGCAGAACCUUGGUGAUUCAUGCUGAUGUGGAUGACCUUGGACAAGGUGGCCAUGAACUAAGCAAAACCACAGGAAAUGCUGGGGCAAGACUGGCAUGUGGUGUGAUCGGCAUCGCAAAGAACUAAGUCUUCAUUCCAUGGAGAUGACGGACCGACUUUUGACUAGAAUUUAUGUGUACAUACGAGACGUAACGAAGCAUCAUGGAAAUCAAUUAAUAUAUCAUUUUUUUUUUAAUUUUCAAACUAAGCAGGAGUCUUGUUCAGUUAAACAGUACUAGUCAGAACUGUAGAAACCACAUCAAUUAUUCUUGUUAUUGGGUCUUGCCUUUUUAAAGUUUGUUACUUUGUCGUUCUUUUCACUCUUGGUGCAUUUUUGUGUAUCUUUUAAUAAUUUAAUUAUUUUGUGUACAUGUGAAAGUGUAACUUAGUCUCAAAAUUGAUGACUACAGGCUGAAGUGCAAGCAGUGAAUUUUACUAAUCAUGUAUAGAAAUUAAGAACAACAAGUUUUCUGACAAAAGUUUCUUUAUUAGGAUUUAUUUGCACAAAAAAUGAGAUACAAAUAAAUGUUGACAUGCCAAGUGGUGCUGGCAAGUAUAUGUGAUUAAAAUGUAUUUAAUCGGAAA